CGGCUCCGCUCCGGGCCCGGGCCCGGGCCCCGCCGCACCCCCCCGGGGCGCCCCCCCGCCCCCCCCCGUACCCCCCCAUGGCGCUGGAGCAGGCGCAGGCUGACGGCCCCGCCGCCGCCGCCCCGGCCCCGCCGCGCCUCUGCGAGCCCGGUCCCGCCGCGCCGCCCGGCAGCGGCAGCGCCUUCCCCGCCGCGGAGAGCCCCAGCGAGGCCGGCCCCGGCGGAGAGGCGGAGCAGCCCGGCGCGGCCCCGGCGCUGCUGGCGGCGGAGCCCGGGCCGGGCGGCGGGGAGGCGGCGGGGCUUGGCGGCGGCGGCGGCGGGGCGGCGGAGGAGCCCGACCCGGAGGCGGCCCCCGCCAGGCCCUCGCAGACCAUCGCGGUGCAGACGGACUUCAAGACGGCCGACGCGGAUGCGAACACGGACCAGGACAUCGAGAAGAACUUGGACAAGAUGAUGUCGGAGAGGGCUUUGCUGAAGGAGCGUUACCAGGAGGUGCUGGACAAACAGAGGCAGGUGGAGAAUCAGCUGCAGGUGCAGCUCAAGCAGCUCCAGCAGCGGAGGGAAGAAGAGAUGAAGAACCACCAGGAGAUCCUGAAAGCGAUUCAGGAUGUUACGAUCAAGCGAGAAGAGACGAAGAAGAAGAUGGAGAAGGAGAAGAAAGAAUUCUUGCAGAAAGAGCAGGAUCUGAAAGCAGAAAUUGAGAAACUCUGUGAGAAAGGCAGAAGGUUACUGAAAGAGCAGGAGGAGAAGGAGAACAAGAUUGCUUCUCUGAUUGCAGAGCAGUCCGAUGAAAAGCAGCUAUGGGAGAUGGAGCUGGACAAGCUGAAGAACCAGCACAAUGAAAUCAACAGGAACAUUCUCGAGGAGACAGAACGGGCCUGGAAAGCAGAGAUCCUGUCCCUGGAGAGCCGGAAGGAGCUGCUGGUGUUGAAACUAGAAGAAGCAGAAAAAGAAGCAGAGCUACACCUCACCUACCUCAAGUCCGCGCCGCCCACGCUGGAGACGAUGAGGCCAAAGCAGGAGUGGGAGAUGAGGCUGAACAGGAUACGAAUGACCAAGGAAAGUGUCCGCGAUCAGUUCAACGACCACAUUCAGAUGGUGAGGAACGGAACGAAGCUGAGCAGCCUCCCCCAGAUCCCAACCCCGACGCUGCCGCCGCCGCCCUCAGAAACAGAUUUCAUGCUGACGGCAUUCCAGCCCAACCCAUCCCUUACUCCCAGGCUCCCGUUUCCCAUCGGACCAGUUCCCGUUCCCAUGGUCAUGCCGAGUGCUGAUCCUCGGGCGCUUUCCUUUCCUCUCCUCAACCCUGCGAUCUCCAGGCCCAACCAGCCUUCCCCACCGCUGCCGGCUUCCCAGGGAAGGAACAGCCCCGUCGUGGCAUCGCUUCUGGGCACGCACAGCCCCCACAUGACUCCCGCUGCCUCCAUCCCUCCUCCGCCAGGCCUGGGAGGAGUGAACGUCACUCCGGAGUUCCACAGGCCGCAGCCGGCCGAUAAGCUGGAAAAGCUGCUGGAGAAGCUGCUGACUCGGUUCCCACAGUGCAACAAGGCCCAGCUCACCAACAUACUGCAGCAGAUCAAGACUGCUCGGAGGACGAUGGCGGGUCUGACCAUGGAGGAGCUGAACCAGCUGGUGGCAGCCAAGCUGGCGGAGCAGCAGGAGCGGGUGGCGGCCGGGGCGCAGCCUCUGGGACGAAUCAGGGCCCCCAUGUUCUCUGCUCCGCUGCCUCAGAUCAGCACGCCCAUGUUCCUGCCCCCGGCCCAGGUGGCUUACCCUGGAACAGCGUCGCACAGCCCGGCUGCCUGUAAGCUGUGUCUGAUGUGCCAGAAGUUUGUGCAGCCCGGCGACCUUCACCCCAUGGCCUGCUCGCACGUGCUGCACAAGGAGUGCAUCAAAUUCUGGGCACAAAACAACACAAAUGACACUUGCCCCUUUUGUCCAAGUCUCAAAUGACGGCUACUCGAACAAAGAGGCCCCGCGGGAGGAGUUGCUGUGAAUAGACAGGAUCAGUUCUAAGAUUUCUACAGUUCUAUAUUUAUAUGACCAUGUAUACACAUGUACAUUUUUAUUAUAUAGGUAAUGUGUGUAUAGAAAGUCUGUAUACAUACAAAUUCAUAAAUAAAGUGUGUAUAUUAUGCAGUGAUUUGGUGCUGCUCCUUAGGCCUUACCUCGCAGCCUCGCUGGCUUCCCUGCGCCGGAGUGCUCCGGCCUGACCCGCUUGCUGGGAGGCCGGCGGCUGCUGGAACGAGCUCUUCCCGCUUCCCUCCCAGCAGCUCCAGGGCUCCCAGCAGCCCCUCCCCUUGGGCCGCCGCGCGGAGCCGGCCCCUGCCCCCUCCGUCGCCCGGCAGCUCCCCUCUUAGCAAUGAGCAGGUUGCAGGUGAAGAGCGUUUCUUUUGUGGUCUUUUUUUAAUGUAAUAAUAAUUUACCGUGGUAACAUUCAUUGUUCUUACAGAGACAAUAGGUUACAGAGCACUGGGGUCCACAGCGAGGGCGGGCGCUCCCCGUCCCCCUCGGGACAGCCAACCCCUCGCCGUUCCUGCUUCCCCCUCUCCUGUCCCUCCUCCUUGAGCACGGGCUGACGCGCCAACCCUCUCUCCAUGGAUUUCGGUGGGAUUACGAGGUGCUCAGCACCACUUAAAAUCUUGCGCUGGCGCGGUAGGAUUGUUCCCCCACCCCCCACCCCCCCCCCAUCUUUUGCAGCCUGCGGCACAAAUUCUUCGCUGCCGGAGGCACCUCCGCCUCGGGGCUGCUGGGUGGGUGCAAGCGCUGCCGGGGCGCAGCACGCCCGAAGCUGGGCACAGGCCCAAUCCUCCCACGCGCACGCAGAGGCAGAGGCUGGCCAGCGUGCUUUAAGGCAGUGGUCCACAACGGAGUCGCUGGGAUCCCGGGCAGGCAGGAGGGUGCAGAACGUUGCCCUCGGGCCGAGCAGAAUCGCUGGGGGCUGGCGGUUUUGGAGCACGGCGGGGGAACUGGACGCUACUUGCAAGCGCACUGGUAGCGGCGGGGGACGGCUUAGGGGUGCUGUGGCGGUGCCCAGCGCUCAGCCUCUCCUACACUGCGUGCGUUUCCUCCUCCGGCCUCGCGUGCUGGCUCCCUCGCUGCUUUUUCAAAGAAAUAUUUACCUGCAGGCUUUAGUUAACGAGCUUUAUGCUUGGCGAUGCCUGCAGACCGGCAGCGCUCCAGCCCCUCGCCCCGCUCCCACCCGACCCGGUGCCCCGGCACCGCACGUCCCCCCCGGCUUCGGCUCGGGGAGGAGCGUCGCCUUUUAACAAGGGGAUGGUGGCGUUUGAAGCUCAGCACUUCCCCGCCCAAGCUGGAGGCAGAGGAGCGGGGAAGCGCAGCGUUACCAACCGCCUGCGAGCUCCGGGGCGCCCACCCUGGGGCAGGGGACGGUGAGCCAGCAGUGCCCCCUCUCCCCGGGGCAGGGCGGGGGGCCGGUGUCCUUCCACACCGGAAAAAUCCUCCCUCGGCUGUAGGAGCAGGACGAGGACGAGAGUGGCUCGCACUCCGCGUGCGCCCGCCCGCAGCCCACCGGCACCUCCUCCCAAACCAGCCCAGCGCUGGGGCCCUGGCGCUGAGCAGAGGGUUACAAAUAUUU